UCCCGCGCCGAUCCAGUCCAACGACGCUAGGCUGUCGCGGCGGUGGUCGAGCUUAUCGGCACGACGCGCCCGGGGCCCGCUGACGCGUGGGGCAGCCCGUCGGUGGUCGUCCCCAUCGCAAACCCUCGGUUGUCCCGCUGCGCCGUGGGGCCAGGCGGGGCCACGCGUCGGGGCCCCAUUGGGCGCAGGGGUCUCGGGGGGCUGCUUUUCUAGGCCCCCCGGGCGCCGCCUCCUCUCCCCAGUUCGAAAGCCCAAGCGCGACGAGGAGACCAGCGGCGACACACGCAGACGCAGAUUUGGCAUUCAGAAAAAAUUGAAAUUGUGAACUGUGAAGAUGACGGCACCAGCGGAGCUUUCCCGUGAGGAGAAUGUGUACAUGGCUAAGCUCGCCGAGCAGGCUGAGAGGUACGAGGAGAUGGUUGAGUUCAUGGAGAAGGUGGCCAAGACCGUCGACUCCGAGGAACUCACUGUGGAGGAGCGCAACCUGCUCUCUGUUGCAUACAAGAAUGUGAUUGGAGCCCGCCGUGCCUCAUGGCGCAUCAUCUCCUCCAUUGAGCAGAAGGAGGAGAGCCGUGGCAACGAGGACCGGGUCACGCUCAUCAAGGAGUACCGUGGCAAGAUCGAGACUGAGCUUAGCAAGAUCUGUGAUGGCAUCCUCAAGCUGCUCGAAACCCACCUUGUCCCGUCUUCCACUGCCCCUGAGUCCAAGGUCUUCUAUCUUAAGAUGAAGGGUGACUACUACAGAUAUCUUGCCGAAUUCAAGAGUGGGCCUGAGAGGAAGGAUGCUGCUGAGAAUACCAUGGUGGCAUACAAGGCUGCUCAGGAUAUUGCUUUGGCUGAGCUGGCUCCAACUCAUCCGAUUAGGCUUGGGCUGGCACUGAACUUCUCGGUGUUCUAUUAUGAGAUCCUCAACUCGCCUGAUCGUGCUUGCAAUCUCGCAAAGCAGGCAUUCGAUGAGGCCAUUUCGGAGCUGGACACCCUGAGCGAAGAAUCCUACAAGGACAGCACCUUGAUCAUGCAACUCCUUCGUGAUAACUUGACCCUCUGGACUUCUGACAUCACGGAGGACACCGCGGAGGAGGAGAUCAGGGAGGCUCCAAAGAACGACUCGAGCGAGGGGCAGUAAAGCCGGCUUUGCGACGCCCCGCAAGCUCCUAGCUAGUGUUUGCUACUGUCAAUGACAUUGCAAUGUGGUCUGGAUAUGUCGUAGCCGUGUUAUGGUUGUUGUCGCAAGAUUUGAGGCUCCCCCGUAUGUGAUGUUGCCGGGGAAGGUUGCUGUCGCCGCUUGUAGCGUAGCAGGCGGUGGCUGCCUCCUGGUCUGGCUCGGGAGGGAGCCCCAUAGACUGGUGGUGGUGGUGGCCGUUCGUACUUUCGUUCUGCCUUAAUAUUGCUUCUUAUCGUGA